UGUUGUGUGGCGCCAUACGGAAAGUUAUCCGAGCACUUUUUAGGUAACCGGUCUAUUCUAAAAAUCCUUCAAAGUUCAAUUCUCACUCUAUACCUCUGAACUCUGAGCAUAGAGUAAGGACAGAUGCUCUGAGUUUCCCAGUCUCAUUUCGUCUCAUGCUCUCACAGCACUAGUUUUCAGAGCAGAUCUCCUGCAGUCGUCACCAGGGUUAUACAAAUCUAAUUGACUCCACUCAUCAUGUCAUCUACUACUAAACACACUCUAUCAAACUCCAUGGAGGAACCCAGCACAAAACGACCUAAGGUCUCUGAUGAUAAGGGCCAUGUAUCAGCACCACUACAAGAGUUGUUUCAACAGGCAAGGGGCUUUGCCUGCACACUGAUGGACCAGCAGUUUGCUAAGUGUAUGGAUCGUAUCGACCCACUUAGACAUCUCAGGGAAGAGUUUGACAUACCAAAGAUGAGCACCAUCCCAACAGUGGACAAAUCUCUAGUCAACAUGGCGGAUGAUGGUAUCUACAUGUGUGGAAACUCACUUGGUCUGAAACUACGAUCACUCAAGGGACUCAUAGAUGAAGAACUGGACAAAUGGGCUAACAUGGGUGUUCUUGGUCAUAUGUCAGGUCGUAUGCCGUGGGCCAUGUCAGAUGAACUCAUACAGGCUAAAAUGGCAAAGGUCGUAGGAGCAAAGGAAAAUGAAGUUGCAAUUAUGAAUGGUUUAUCGGUUAAUAUUCACCUUUUGAUGAUUUCAUUUUAUCAGCCUACCAAAGAACGCCAUAAGAUCUUGAUUGAAGAGCAUGCAUUUCCUUCAGAUCAUUACAUAGCAGAGUCACAGAUUAGACUCAAGGGUUUUGAUCCUGAGACAAGUCUGGUCAUGCUCAAAUCAAGAAAGGAUGAGCAGGCAGUGCACAUGUCUGAUGUGAUAGAUACAAUAGAGCGUGAAGGAGACAGUAUAGCUGUCAUUCUACUACCGGGCGUGCAGUAUUAUACUGGACAAAUAUUUGACAUGGAGGCAAUAACCAAGGCUGGACAUCAAAAGGGUUGUAUCGUCGGCUUUGACCUGGCCCACGCAGUAGGAAACAUUGAACUCCAACUACAUGACUGGGAUGUAGACUUUGCUUCAUGGUGCACGUACAAAUAUUUGAAUGGUGGUGCUGGGGCCUUAGCAGGGGCUUUCCUUCAUAACAAGCAUGCUGCAAAUACACGCCCAAGGCUCACAGGUUGGUGGGGCCACCAGAUGAACACACGGUUUGACAUGAGUAAUGAGAUGGAUCUAGCACCAGGUAUAGCUGGCUACAGAAUCUCCAAUCCUGGAUUCCUUUCUGUCAUUCCAGUCAAGGCUAGCCUAGAGGUUUUCUCCAAGACAUCGAUGGCAGCUUUGCGGAAGAAGUCUGUCCUGUUGACUGGAUACUUGGAGUAUCUCAUCAAGCUUCACUUUAGUAGACCAAAACCAUCUGAGACUCCUGAUGAGAACGGCAAGGCUACUGACGAUGGAGACCAGAUCUAUAUUGACAUCAUUACCCCAAGCAAUGUAGCAGAGAGAGGUUGCCAGUUGUCUUUGUUAUUUAACACCAAUGUGGAUGAGAUAUUGACCCAGUUGAUGAAGAGAGGUACCCUGUGUGAUGAAAGAAAACCCAACGUCAUCCGCAUUGCUCCUACCCCGCUGUAUUCAAAGUUUGAGGAUGUCUGGCGUUUUGUUCAAGUACUCCGAGAAAUUGUCAAGUGUAUGCGACUGCAAAAGAUGGCUCGCAGUUCAGAUGAGCUGGAUUGAACUGGAUUAAAAAGUACUGUAAUCAAAAUACAUGGCUAUAUUUUUUAUGUGCACGUUUUUAUUAGAUUAGUUUAAUUUUGAGUCUGAAUCUCCUUUCACUUGGAAUCUUCUUUCGCUUUGGUUUUGUUGAAGUCUAAGUCACAUGAUUGAAGUCUUGAGACUAGUCACGAGUUACUUGGUUCAAGUCUCAGUCAAAAUCACAAAUCAUGUUGGUCCUGAUUGGAGACCAAGUCACAAGUCACUUUGGUCCUGGUGGAAGUCCAAGUCAAGAGCCACUUAGUUCGAGUCUGAGUCCAAGUCUUGAGUCAACUUUGUUCUAGUCUAAUAGUGACAAGUCACUUGGGUCAUGUUGGAGUCUAAGUCAUGAGUCGCUUGGGUCCACUUGAAAGAUCAAAACACAAGACACUUUGUUUAAGUCCGAGUCUAUAGUCACAAGUCACUUGGGUCAUGGUGGAAGUCCCAAGUCAAGAGCCACUUGGUUCGAGUCUGAGUCCAAGUCAUGAGUCACUUGGUUCAAGUCGAGAGGCACUUGGUUCAAGUCCAAUUCUAAGAGACAAGUCACUUGGGUCAUGUUGGAGUCUAAGUCAUGAGUCGCUUGGGUCCACUUGAAAGAUCAAAACACAAGACACUUUGUUUAAGUCCAGGUCUAUAGUCACAAGUCACUUGGGUCAUGGUGGAAGUCCAAGUCAAGAGCCACUUGGUUCGAGUCUGAGUCCAAAUCAUGAGUCACUUGGUUCAAGUCGAGAGUCACUUGGUUCAAGUCCAAUUCUAAGUGACAAGUCACUUGGGUCAUGUUGGAGUCUAAGUCAUGAGUCGCUUGGGUCCACUUGAAGACCAAGACACCAGCCACUUUGUUCAAGUCACUUGGGUCCUGGUGGAAGUCCAUGUCACAAGUCACUUGGUUCAAGUCUGAGUCCAAGUCACAAUUCUCUUGGGGUUGGGGAGAGAUAGAUACAUUUACGUUUAUUUAAUGUUGCAAAAAACAUACAUAGUGUUUAAUACAGAGUGCUAAAAUAUGGUUAAAAUUAUAGUAAAUAUAAAAGUGAUACAACAUUUAGGUCCGGGGAGAAGCACAGCUUUUGUUCCCCAGCCUAAAAAAAAGACAUACAUUAAAGUACAGGACAAGACGGGACCAAACAAAGUCAUGAGUCACUUGGUUCACUUGUGACGAUGGUGACAUGUGUAUUCUUCAAUUAUUAAAGUACUAGUUUUCUUCUUUAGAAUUGUUGGAAAUAUUUUUGUAUACACUUUUACAAAUUAUUUGAUGAUGUGAAAAUAAUGAAUUUUAAUCACUCAACAAUGCUGUGUUAAAUCAUUUGUAUUUAACCACAAAAUGCUUCCAAUUGUGGCUCAAACGAAUCAUUAUUUUUACAAAUAAAGUAGAGCUAUGUUUUAAUUAUGAGACCCAACGCCUUGACUAAUUGUUUUAACAGGGCAAAUUGGCUCAAUCUGCAACUAACAAAAAACACCCAGGCAAAAACCCCUCUUCUCACAUAUAGGUUAAAUUUGGUUAAUUCCACUAACAAGUACUUCAUCCCUAAACUUUUACCUUUCCCAUCAAUAUAAAAUAAUUUGUAUAACUAUAAAAUAUGUUAAAGUAUUUGAAGACACACAAUCACAAACACGUUAAACUCAAUAUGGUUGGAACCAUUGGCAGACUUUUGAAUGCUAGGUGGCAGCGGACUUACCAGGUAAAUUUCCAUUGUUUACGUAGUUCUGAGCAUGCGCACACUACCAAGAACAAAAUUCCCUCCUAUGGGUCUUGGCAGUUUAAAUUUGCAAGAGUUGCAGCACAUUCAAUACAGCAGCAACCAUACUAACUUUGUUUAGUGUAGAUAAUACCUAUACAUAAAACUAUUUUAAAACCAAACAGGUACUGUGAGAGAAUGAUGAAUUUGUAUGAGUUAAAGACACUGGACACUAUUGGUAAUUGUCAAAGACCAUUCUUCUCACUUGAUGUAUCUCAACAUAUGCA